AUGAUGAUAAGGAAGUCGGUGAUUGACGCGGACAAUGGCGGUGAUGAUGAUGGUGAUGAUGAUGAUGAUGAUGAUAAUGAUAGGGACCGUAAGCAACGACGACGACGACAUCAGUGACUAAAAAAAUGAAUUUGCGUCCUUUCAAACUUUAUCGCGUCUAUUUGGAACCGCUCAGUUCGUCAAAUGUAGGCGACUUUUCCUGGAGUGGAUUCUUAAGGGCUUUAUCCAUGUUCAAAUAGGAAAGGGAAAAUUGUCGUCGUAUGUCCACACAAAGGUGAUGUUACCUGAGACGAUUCGCAACGACGAUUUUUAGCGCAACACAGAGUCGCAACAUUGUUGUCGAAUGGUUACAACAUUGUUCCAACAUUGCAAGAUUUGCAACGCUGUUUUGCGCUAAAAAUCCUCGUUGCGAAUUGUCCCAUGUAACAUCACCUUAAAACGUCGCAUUGGGAGGUUUCACGUCGUAGUCGUGCAGUGGACGUCAAAGAAAUGUACUAAAAAGCGUGAUGGACGUGCAGAGUUGUUGUUUUACUCAUAAAACCAAUUAUUUUAUGACGUUGUUGUUGUUGUUGUCGUGGUCGUCGCUGCUUAAGGUCCCUAAUGAAGGUGACCAUGACGACGACGGUGCUGAUGAUAAUGAUGAUGAUGUAGUAUGGCAAUAUUAAUGAAAGUAGUAUUAGAAUUAUAAGUAACAACAGACCAGACAUAAAACAUNUGGAGUGGAUUCUUAAGGGCUUUAUCCAUGUUCAAAUAGGAAAGGGAAAAUUGUCGUCGUAUGUCCACACAAAGGUGAUGUUACCUGAGACGAUUCGCAACGACGAUUUUUAGCGCAACACAGAGUCGCAACAUUGUUGUCGAAUGGUUACAACAUUGUUCCAACAUUGCAAGAUUUGCAACGCUGUUUUGCGCUAAAAAUCCUCGUUGCGAAUUGUCCCAUGUAACAUCACCUUAAAACGUCGCAUUGGGAGGUUUCACGUCGUAGUCGUGCAGUGGACGUCAAAGAAAUGUACUAAAAAGCGUGAUGGACGUGCAGAGUUGUUGUUUUACUCAUAAAACCAAUUAUUUUAUGACGUUGUUGUUGUUGUUGUCGUGGUCGUCGCUGCUUAAGGUCCCUAAUGAAGGUGACCAUGACGACGACGGUGCUGAUGAUAAUGAUGAUGAUGUAGUAUGGCAAUAUUAAUGAAAGUAGUAUUAGAAUUAUAAGUAACAACAGACCAGACAUAAAACAUACAUGUGAUUUCGGACCUGUUCCUAUUCUUUUCAGAACUUAUGCGAAACACAUCCAGUUGUCUUUCACGCGACGAAACCAAGGGAACAGGAAAAAUAUUCGAAAGGAGACGAGGUUAAAAACCAUCCAUCGGCUUACAAAGUGGGCUUAGAGAGCCGCUGGGUUUAUCCAGAUCGAAGAAACUUAAUUUCUUCGGCCGAGAAGUGUAUUACCUUUGUCGAAGUCGAGGAUACAAGAAGCGGGGACAGGAAGGAUAGUAGUGAAAGAAAAUGCCACACUCUGAAUCUUAGCGGAAAUGAAACGACGCAAGAUUUAAACCUUGUUGAGAGUAUUUCAAAGAAAGUAAGUUUCGAGGACGAAGGUACCGUUACUAGUAAAACUAUCACGGAUGUAACGGAGAAAGAUUUAAGUGAUAAAAGUGAAAAGGAAAUGUUGGAGGAAGAUACAAAGAAUUCGACAAAACUUGAUGAUACUAGAAAGAGCAAUUUUCAACCGGACGUUGCUGGGAAAGCCCGCCCGAAGACAAGUCACGAGAGGUCGCGAAAAGAUGGCGAAGAAGCGACAAUGGACAUUCGGAAGCCGCGACGACCGCACACGGCUCCUGCUGCUCCUCCGUCGAGCCCCAGAGUUAACUUUGAUUCACGACUUAAUAAUUGCGUUCCCAUCAAAAUACCAACAUCGCAAGGGGAGGUGGAAAAUAGCAGCAGUUUUUUGUCAGUGGACAAUCAAGCAAGUGAAGAAAAAGACUCGUUUAUUGAGCUCAAUCAAAGCUCAAGUUCUGAAGAUGAAAGCGAAAAUGAUUACAGUAUAGGUGAGGAUUGCCCUACUUUUUCAAUACAAGUAUCACCGAGUUCUUGUGAAAAAGGUGCCUUCCAAGGCGACGGUGCCACACCAAAAAAACGGGUAACGUUUUGUAAAUCAGCGCCGAUCGUAAGAACUGUACCUCGCCUUGAAAAAGCUAAAGUCCCGCGGGCGAGGUCGUCGAGUUCAAAUAGACCCCCUCAGCCGAUUGUUAUUGUGGCAGAAUCAUCUCUGGAGUUAUCCAAACAUCUACCACCCGCCCAAGCACUUGUAGCUCUGAGGAAGAAAAUUCGCGACGAUUUAGCCCAUCAGAAUCAUGAAUUGCAAUUGGAUAUUCAACAGUUGUACUUGAGAAAACAUUUAGAGUAG